UUCAGGGUUUUUAAAAAUGAAUCGUUUUGCUUGUAUUCUGUUUAAAAUUCCGUUGAAUCGCUGUUUUGCUGAUAUUCCCCGUACAAGCAGCCAGUUGCUGUCUAGAAGACGAGUAUUUACUGACAGUUUGAGGUUCUCUUCACCUGUUUAUCUCCCAUCUUUUUCACGUUUCUGUAGCGACCUUUCUCCCUUACAGUCCCAAAGGAUUCUAUGUUGGAAAUGUGGUGCUCAAUUUGAUUCAAAUGCUGAAAGGGUCAACUGUUCUGAAUGUGGAAUUAUUCAACCGUUAGACAAGGAAGCCAAUUUUUUCACUUAUUUGGGUGUUCCAUUAGCUUUCAAUUUGGAUAAUGAUGAAUUGGGAAAGAAAUUUAGAGGAAGACAGGCAAUUGUACAUCCUGACAAGUUUGCAAUGAAAAGUGAAGAUGAGUUACAACAUUCACAACAACACUCAACAUUUUUGAACGACGCCUACAGGACAUUGCGCGAUCCUUUUAAGAGGGCAAAUUAUCUUCUUCGACUUAUUAAGGAAUUAGACGAAGACCUUAACGACCCCAAAUCCAUCGAGUUUGAAAAAGCUGACGAUGACCUAGUUUUGGAAAUAAUGGAGUUGAACGAAGAAAUUGAAAUGUUGGAAAAUCCUGACCAAAUUAAGCAAAAAAUUGAAGAAAUCGAUUUGAAAAUUGACAAAUUUUUGGCAUCAAUGAACUCACUUUUGCAUAAAAAAGAAAUUGAGGAGGCUAGAAAAAAUCUUCAAUGGAUAAAGUUUUUGAGACAAAGUAGACGUCUUUUGGAAAGGAAAAGUGAUGAGGAGAAACAAUUUGAAUAAAAAGUUUAUUUAUUUUUAAAAAUAUUUUUGGAG